UUCGAAUGGUAUAAUUGAAGCGGAGAAGAGUUGGAUCAAACUGGAAAAGAUCCGCGAAAGAGCUGGAGUACUCGCGUUGCGUAUAGCCGACGGCUGCAAGGCUGCUCUUCCUGAUGGAUCCCAUCGUACUAGAAAGUAACGCGAGCGAACUCGGUGCAGAUCAACAGCAGCAGCAGCAACAGCAGCCGCAUCAGCAACAACAGCAGCAACAGUACGGCGAGGUGAACCAAUUAGGGGGUGUGUUCGUGAAUGGUCGGCCCUUGCCAAACGCAGUUAGAUUGCGAAUAGUGGAACUUGCACAGCUGGGCAUCAGGCCGUGCGACAUCUCGCGGCAGCUGCGGGUCAGCCAUGGUUGUGUCAGCAAGAUUUUGGCCCGGUACCACGAGACAGGCAGCAUAUUGCCUGGUGCGAUCGGUGGCAGUAAACCCCGUGUCACUACCCCAAAAGUGGUGCAGUAUAUCAAACAAUUGAAGCUAAAGGAUCCUGGUAUCUUCGCGUGGGAGAUCAGGGAUCGUUUGCUGUCGGAUGGCGUAUGCGACAAAUACAACGUGCCAUCGGUGAGCAGCAUCUCGAGGAUAUUGAGAAACAAAGUCGGCGCGGCGACCGCGAUUCAUCAUCAUCCCCAUCAUCCGGCGCAUCAUCAUCAUCAUCAUCAUUUGUACGCGGCCGCAGCCGCGGCUGGAGCUGCCCUCUGUCCUGUCCCGUAUCCACCGACGCCUUAUCACGCGACGCCGCCGCCCGCUGUGACGCACCAUCACCACCACCAUCAUCAUCAAGUUGGGCCGACGACGCCGGGCAAGCUGUCACCGUCUUCUCCAACCACCAUUCACGCUGGUAUUGGCCAUCAGACGACUACUUCCGCCAGUCUGCAGUGGCCAAGUCCUCACACAGUUCACGACAUCCUCGCCAGCAAUUCGCAAUCGUCUCCGUCACCGACGUCGCCAUUAUGCGUUACGGUGAACAAUAAUCAUCACCACGGUCAUCAUCAUCAUCACCAGAGCAACGACAACGCUACCGGCAAUAAUAAUAACGAGGAGGCUAGCGGUUAUCAUCAUCCGCACCACCAUCAUCACCAUCAUCAGCAAUAUUACGCGUCGGCUCUGUACCAUCAUCAUCAUCAUCACCACUCGGACACCGUGACCUCUGUAGCGACUACAUCACCGGUGCUCGCUGUACAAUCGAUCAUGAUGCAGUCGUCAGCGACGAACAGUCAACCGGCUAGUCCCUGUAAUUAAAAUGAUCGGCAUCUUAGAUCGGAUUUUAUCGGAUGAUAAAACAAGCAAGUGAUUUAAAGACUAGGUAAUUGGAUUGUGGUAUAACGGUUGCAUAUGUAUCGAUUCAUUAGUAACCAAUAUGUAAUUAAAAGAAAAAGGAAGAUUGAAACGAUAGAAGAAUGAUUGCGAGUGAGAAUAAAGAUAAAGAAAGAGAUACGAAUGAGUAAUGUGCUGUGGGGCUGGCGAAAACCUAUAUCAUCUCACCAGUAUUAUGUAUUUUUAUCGUCAUUUACCAAGAGUGCCUUUUUUUCGAGUGCCAUAAAGAAAUUCUACGUUCGUCAUUACAUGUGAAACGAACUGUGAGAGAAGAUAAUCGAGAUUGUUGCAACUUUGAAAAAAAAAAACAAUUUGCACGUUACGCGUGGAACCUGCAAAUAUUUUAGUCAUUUAUCCUGUUUUACUUUUUUGUAUGUUUGUUCGAUUCUUACGUACAUGUACCUAAUGAUAUAAUCGUUAAGGAUAGAAAAUUAUUUGCUCCCAGUUAAACGAGGGUGAAAUGUUACGAACAGCACCUCCGAUGAAUCGGAGGGAUAUUAUUUAAUUGAUAAAUAUCCACGAUCGUCUCACGAUUGUGCGACUAUAGUCCUCUGCCAUGCUUUUUUAUGGAAUGCAACUUUUGUCAUUAGGAAAUAUAUGU